GGGGGGCAGGAGGAAGACAACCCCAAGUUAGCAAAAUGGAGGGGGUGAGCAGAAGAGUGAGGCCCGGGAUGAUGGCGGCCGCUGUCAGGCCACACAUGGCUGCUGUGUGUGUUGUGCUGAUGGCCGCGGCGCUGAGCGAGGUGUCGGGGAGGCCGAGGCCCGGAGGCUGGACCCGGACUCCUCAUUACCGUCUCUUCAUCAAAAAGAUCCCCAAAGAGAGCGGCUUCCAGUUUAAAACCAAGUACUUCCAACAGAAGGUUGAUCAUUUUGGAUUUUCUGAGGUUUCCACAUUCAAGCAAAGAUACUUGAUAGCUGACCAAGACUGGGAUCGUAAUGGAGGCCCAAUUCUGUUCUAUACAGGAAAUGAGGGAGACAUCGUAUGGUUCUGUAACAAUACGGGUUUUAUGUGGGAUAUAUCCAAGGAGAUGAAAGCCAUGUUGGUGUUUGCUGAACAUAGAUACUACGGGAAGUCUAUGCCUUUUGGACAGAAGGCCUUCAGUGAUCCCAAAUAUUUGGACUACCUAACAUCAGAGCAGGCUUUGGCUGAUUUUGCAGUGCUUAUUAGAAAUCUGAAGCGGACUAUCCCAGGAGCUCAGAAUAGUCCAGUAAUUGCUAUGGGAGGCUCCUAUGGGGGAAUGCUGGCAGCUUGGCUGAGGAUGAAAUAUCCACAUGUAGUAAUAGGGGCUAUUGCUGCUUCAGCUCCAAUAUGGCAGUUUGAAAAUAUGUGCCCAUGUGGAAGCUACAACACAAUUGUCACCAAGGAUUUUUUAAAAAGUGGAAAAGGCUGUGCUGAAAGCAUCAGGAAUUCAUGGGGUGCUAUUAAUAAAGUGUCAUCCACAGCUGAAGGCCUAAAGUUUCUUUCCAGUAUUUUCCACCUCUGUUCGCCGCUACAAAUGGACGAUGUGGAAUCAUUCAAAGGUUGGCUCUCUGAGACUUGGGUUAAUCUGGCUAUGGUGGACUAUCCCUAUGCAGCCAGCUUUUUGGAGCCACUUCCAGCCUGGCCUAUCAAGGUUGUUUGUACCCAUCUCAAGGACCCAUCAUUAUCAGAAGAGCUGCUGCUGAAAAAGCUGUUUGAGGCUGUGAGCGUGUACUAUAACUACACAGGCAAUAUGAAGUGCCUGAAUAUAUCCCAGACUGCGACCUCCAGUCUUGAUGAUCAAGCCUGGUAUUACCAGUCCUGUACCGAAAUGGUAAUGCCCAUAUGCGCAGAUGGUAUCAAUGACAUGUUUGAACCGGCCAAGUGGGACUUCCCUGCCUUUUCUGAGGAUUGUUACAAGACCUGGGGCAUUCGACCUAGGCCAGAUUGGAUCGCAACAAACUACGGUGGAAAAAAUAUUAGUUCACACACCAACAUUGUCUUCAGCAAUGGUGACCUGGAUCCCUGGUCUGCAGGAGGUGUAAGGAAAUCAAUCUCUGACACCUUGGUUGCCAUAACUAUUACUGAUGGGGCUCAUCAUUUAGAUCUUCGCUCCAAAAAUCCUAAAGAUCCCCCUUCUGUCCAGAAGGCAAGAACUCAAGAAAUUCAGUAUAUGAAAAAAUGGAUAGAAAAGACAAAGAAAUGAACUGUUGCAAAUACCAUCUAAACAGUUACAUACAAUUCUGUCACUCUCCGAUCUAUAAAUUUGAGCUGGAUUUUGCUUUUCCUGUUUGAUUUAUUGCACAUUUCUGCAUAUUCACUUUUUGAUUUGGACUCAUUUACAAGAGACGUCCUCAUGUUACUCAAAAGAGAAAUUUUACACUUUGUUAAAAAAAAUUGUGUUUGAUUUUGUCUUAAUGUUAACCAAAUCUUGUUGCUACGCUUGUGAAUUUACCGACAAACUGCAUUUUUGUUCCUCAAAGAAACUAACAUGUUCACUAACACAAAGUUAAUUCACGUGUGUCCUGUUAUAGACUAAUAUUUGUAUAGUUGUUCCUUAUGGAACUUUCUAGAAAUGCUUUGGUUUUAAUUACAGCAGCAUCAAUACCUGAGUUUGGGUAUCAACCAGAGCACGAUUCAAAAUAAGCUCAAAUGCAGGUGGAUAUUUCCUUAUACCAUUUCUGAGUUAAAGUAUAUCAAUAAUGGUGGUUUGCUGGCCAACACCUCCAUGGUUCAUUGUUGCAAAGUGUGAAAUAUUCAAUUCCUUUAAUUCUUGUGAUUGACUUUCACACAUGCUAAAUCUGAAUUGACCUUAAAUUGAAAUUAAAUGUGAUAUGAGCUCCGAUAUUCUAGAGUUCCUUUAACCGGACUUGUAACUGAAAUUAUAUUUUGCCUUUUGUUAACGGCCUUACUGUUCCAAUACACACAGAAAUGGAUGUUUACAUUUUACAAAAAUGUCUUCAAGAUUGAAUCUUAAAGGCUGAAAAGCCCUGCAAUGCAUAUCAUGAUUUUUAAGAAAAUAAAUCAUCUAUGAAGCCAAA